GCUAUUCAUUGCCUCCUUCUUUCUUGCUCAGCCUUUUCCACCAGCCUGAAACAAUCGGAGCUCAGAGCAGCCCGCGUCCAAGUGGGAGCGACGAACAGAAGACGCUUUAAUUCUGCUCAACAAAGGCAGCCCUCUGUGCUGUUUAUAGCCCACUGGGUAGCUCAAGUGAGCGCAUAGCUUCCAUGAAAUCUUCAGUAAUACUCAGCUCAGUCAUGAAGACAUGUUUCAAAGCACACACAUAAAAAGUAUUGAGAGUAAGAAUGUCAGGCAUGAAGAAACAACUUCCUUCCCCAACGAUUUCAACUAGGAAGCCAUUUUACCCUACAGACUCUUCACUUCAAAUGACCAAAGAAAGUCACCUUUCCCCGGGACCUCACAUAAGGAGUCCUUUUGCCCCUAGAACAAACCCUACAGCAACAUCUAAUUCAAUUCCACUAAGCCCAGUGGUGAAAAAGAAAAUGGGGGUCUCCUCAUUCAGUCGCUCAGGUAAAUUCCUCAACAGCACUGAACAAUUGCCCUCAUUCCCAGAAGCAGAAGAUGUUGGCUGCAGACCUAGGUCUUCAGGCUCUAAGGCUGUUUCUAGUCGAGUGCCUGUAAAGUCUCUGACAGGACACUUUGAAAUCCUGGAUGCAGGUCAAGAAAAGAAGUCCUCUGAGACCAAUUCAGCAUCUUACAUCUUGUCAUCUUCAAAGUCAGAAAGUAAGAACAUGAACACUAGUGGCAGUCAUAGAUCACAAGACUUCCAAAAGGUGUACAGUCAGGUUGUUACUGGCGUUGAUAACAACAGUCAGGCAGACAAGUUAUCUUUAAAGGUUGCUAACAAAGACUGGAAGGUGAAUUCUCCAGAAGUCAUUCUUUCCAAAAGCUCAUGUCCUCUGUUUCAACCUCUAUGUACAGACCCCACCGUCUCCAGCUGCUUACCAAGGCCGAGAAGCAGAAGCAUGCAAAGAUCUUCAGAUCACCAUAUGAAAGAUAUUCCUCCAAGUGAGAUUAACCCCACUUUUAAAUUCAACCCAACAAUCUCCUAUUCAAAGCGCUCCAGCAGUCUACCUAGAAGUUCCUUUUCCAGGUUUCUGCCUAAACAAGAUGGUGCAGACUGUGAACUCCAAGUCUCCAUUCCUAUCAUCGAUGAUUCCAGUGCACGCCGUCCUCUAAGCCUUAUAAAAAAAACAAACUUGAUGAACUCACCUCUACCGACUGCCAGUGAUGGUACAUCCCAACAAUGUCCUCGCUCUCAAGACUGUGUGGAGAGCUACACUCAGAAUUUCUCAUUCAAACAUAGACCAUCUUCUAUUGCACAGCCUGGUAUCUCCCAGGCUUUAAGCAAGGAAACAAAUGUUUCAAAAUUAUACAGCCAUAAAACAGACUGCUUUACUGGGAUUCAAAAUACUAGCUCUGGGCUGCCAGGCUUUCUUAGAUCUGAAGCAGUCAAAGAGCAGUAUCAGAGCUUGGCUCCUCAGAUGUCUGAACCUGAAAAUGAGCAGUCUUCCAUGUUUCAAAUGGGGUCACUUUCAACAGAGUUUGAAGACCUGCAGACCAGAUGGUCUUCACGACCACUUUUGGUAACCAAUAAAGGAGAGGGCCACUCUGCAUCUCAGUCAUUGACUAUCAGUGAUACAGAAAUAGGAUUUCAGGCUAAAACUGAAAACAUAUGGCAAUCAAACAAAAUCUCUGAGCUGACAACUGAGCCCUGGCCAGACAACUUGGUGGAAGGGUACUGGGAGCAGCAUCUGGAAGAGUCCACUUCAUCCCCAGUGCCUGAUUCAAAUCAAACUGAGACAUAUGACAGUCAGUGGAUACAGGGUCCAGAAUGGGAAAACACAAAAGGGGAUAUACCAUUGCAUAGAGUUUUACAAAAUGAAGAAAUGCUAUUGGAAUUGGACAUGGUGAGCAUCCUACCAAGGAAAGACUACUGUGAGGCUGCAGGGGCUGCGCCGCAGAUCUGCGAGGUGCGGAUAAGGCGCACUUCUCAAACGCGGAAAGGCGGAGCCUCGGAGCUGCCAGAAGCCCGAGCCUCGGAGCCCUGGACUGAAAGAACGGACUUCUCGCGUGGACUGAGCCUGGACGCCCCAUCGCUGUAA